AGUCGGAUGCAUUCUGAUAGGACAGGAAAGUGAAAUUGCCUUUGUCCUGACCGAGAUGCCUUCCUGUCUGUGGCUGAGAGCUGGAGAGCUGGAGAGCUAGAACUUGGAUCGCACACCCAAAAAAAAUCCCACAGCUUUAAAGGGAAAUUGGCGACAAGUUGUGUUGUAGGGUUGUGGAAGCAGUUGUGAUGGAGCUGGGGGUGCCCUUGCUCACUGUUCUUCUGGGGCUGGUGCUGAUUGUGUCGGGGGAGAAGCAGGAAAGCAGGAUCUGCCAGGCAGCCCCUCUCUGGGAGAUUGCUAACCAGAACCCGAUGGAGCAGCAGCUGGGCAGCGUGGUUGUAGUAGCUCUUCUCAAAGCGAGCUGACAGUUCUGUCUGACGCAGGCGGCCAAAUUAGGCAGCUUGCAAGACAAGCUCGCCCGUCAAGGCCUGAAGGAUGUGCACUACAUGAUAGUCAAUGAGAAAGCACCAGAAUCUAGGGCUAUGCUCUGGGAGCUCAAACGGCAUGUUCCCAACAACGUCUCUGUCUAUCAGCAAUCACCAAUUCAGCCUGAUGUCUGGCACAGCCUGCAGGGUGGCAAGGAUGACUUCCUAAUCUAUGACAGAUGUGGGAGAUUGACCUUCCACGUCGUAUUACCGUACAGCUCCCUCCAGUAUCCAUAUAUUGAAGCAGCAAUCCGAGCUACCCAUAAAAGAGACAUCUGUGGGGAAUGUACAAUCACCAAAAGCAGCCUGGAGAUGGACAGAAACGUAACUACCACACCUUCAAGGCACCUCAGUCCCAACACCUCAGACUAAGCUUUAGAAAACAAGUCAGUUUAACAACAACAAGAUUACAUUUGUACAGCGCUUUUCACGUCCCAAGGCGCUGGACAGUAUACAGCAUUUCACUUUAAGCCACAUGAACACAAUAAACCUCCCCCCAGUCCCAACCAGUGAAGAAACCAGGAAAACUAGAAUGCGGAUACUUGCUACCAACAACGUCUCAUCAGCAAGAACCACAAAGAAGAUCUGGAUAACGUAGAUGUUACUUUGCAAGUGUUUUUUUUUAAAAAAAGCAUGUUGUGCUCUAAGGCAAGAACUCACCAUGUUUGGUGCCAAUGGGGGAUGUUAAUUAAGGAACCACAUUGCUUCUACUCCAGCACAGUAUAUUGUGUUCCUAAAUACAUUGAAAAGAAUCUGCUCCCAUCUUACCUGACCAUGAGUGAGAAACCAUGACCUGCAGAAUGGGAAUAAUACCAAUGUAGGUGUAGAUAGCAACACAUUACAUUUCAGGGUUUUACAGUAAUUUAGCUGAUUACAUUCAAUCUUUUACAUUAUAAUGAUAAAAGAGCUUUAUAAAGUAGCUUGAUCACCGUAGAAACAUAAGUCCAUAUUACCAUUUCCUUCUGCUUCCAGUUAUUAGACGUGUUUCGUUUCUAUUCACUUGUGCUCAAUGAAGUCUGUGGUUCAAACUCACUGCUAGAUACUACAGCCAGAACACUGCACAUGGAGAACUGAAAAGGAAAGAUUUUAAUCGCUGAUGGCAUGGAAGUUGCAAGUCUUAUUUUAAAUAAAUUGCUGUAGUAUUAUCCUUUAGUGAUUUUAUUCUUUUUUAAGAAAUUUAAAAUAAAUUAGAAUUUAAGAUCCCAUGUCUUUUUUAAAAAAUAUGUGAAUUUCUAAGAUUGAUUACCACUGUACUAAAUAAAGCUGAUGAUUACAUCAAAUUGAGACCAA